AUGAGGAAGCCACGCCGAAAAGGCCUGGCGGGCCCACAAAGUGGCACAGAUGACAGGAAGUCCAAGGGGACACCAGGUGGUGGUUGCGGCGUCGGUCCACGUCAGCGAUCCUCAUCCCCUUACAGUCUCAAAGCAUCUCCAAGCAGAGAAACUCUGAGCUAUGCCCAAGCUCAGAAUGUCGUGGAGGUGGAACUGGAGGGCCGGCUUCAUCGCAUCUCCAUUUUAGAGCCCUUGGUAGUCAUCACUGAGGAUGAAAUGAUGGCGCAAGAUAUCAGCGAAUGUAACAGCAACAAAGAGAACAGCGAGCAGCCAUCACCGCUUGUCAGUGCUAUGCAAACUUCCGUCAAAGCAGUCACGCCCCGCGGCCGCCGGAAACCCGCUAAAUAUCUGUCUAAGUCUCCGCCACAUUCCAAGAACCACUGCGCCAGCACUCAACCGCAAAUGCCUGAAAAGUUAAAUGUCGCUCACAAUCAUCUAAUAUCCCUCCCCAAGCCUUCAUUUCGCAUAGUAGACACUUUUACACAAGUCGAAACGCCACCUCUGCCCGUGGCAUACUACCGCUAUAUCGAACGUUCCUCCGAGGACCAGGAAGCUUUGGCUGAGUAUGACAUGGACGAGGAGGAUUCCGCGUGGUUGGAAAUGGUCAACGCUAGCCGAUCAGCGGAGGGCUACACCACGUUAUCAGCGGACGUCUUUGAGUUGCUAGUGGACCGCCUCGAGGACGAGGCUUACCGGGAGGCUCGCACCCGGGUUCCCUCUCAGAACGCCAUUGACGAUGACGCCUUCUGCUGCGUGUGCCUGGACGACGAGUGCCUCAACAGCAACGUCAUCCUCUUCUGUGACGCGUGCAACUUAGCUGUGCACCAGGAAUGUUACGGCGUUCCCUAUAUCCCUGAGGGCCAGUGGCUGUGCCGCUGCUGUCUUCAGUCCCCUCAGAAACCAGUUGACUGUGUGCUGUGUCCAAACAGAGGCGGCGCCUUUAAGCAAACCAGUGACGGCCGCUGGGCGCAUGUAGUCUGCGCUAUCUGGAUCCCUGAAGUCUGCUUUGCCAAUACAGUUUUUUUGGAACCAGUGGAAGGUGUCAACAACAUUCCCCCAGCGCGCUGGAAACUUACAUGUUACCUGUGCAAACAAAAAGGUCGCGGGGCAUCCAUACAGUGCCACAAGGCCAACUGUUACACCGCGUUUCACGUCACUUGCGCACAGCGUGCCGGCCUGUUUAUGAAAAUCGACCCAGUACGAGAGACAAACAUCAACGGGACCACAUUCUCUGUCAAAAAGACAGCCUUCUGUGAGACUCACUCACCCGCAGGCCAAGAUGGCAUCUCGGACGAAGAGAGUGAAGGACGGGUGGUAGGCAGCAGAGGAAGAGCCAGUCGGGGGCGGAGUGCCUACACAGAUGGUCCCGUUACACCAAAAAAAGGCAGAAAGUCUGAAAGUGAUGGGAAGAUGGGUAAAAAGAAAGAGAAGAUAGACACGUGUUCCACAACACUGAACAAUGCUUCGCCACAACUGAUAGUGCCUGAAAUACCCACAACCAGGUUGAAUGCCAUUUGCAAAGGUAUUCUCUUCCAAAAGAAAAACCAGUUCAUGCAGAGGCUGCAUAGCUACUGGUUACUGAAGCGUCAGUCCAGGAACGGAGUGCCACUGGUCCGCCGUUUGCAUUCUGUCCAAUCCCAACGGAAUACUGAACAGCCUGAGGUGGUUGAUGAGCACGUAUCUGCAGCAAGAGAUGCUCUAAGAUAUUGGCAGAAGCUUCGACAUGACCUUGAAAAGGCCAGGCUUCUGGUGGAGCUCAUCCGUAAAAGGGAGAAACUCAAGCGAGAACAGCUCAAAAUCCAUCAAGCAGCCCUGGAGCUACAGUUGACCCCAAUGUUGUUGUUGCUCCGCUCAACUAUGGACCAACUACAGGAUAAGGACACAGCUGAGAUCUUUGCAGAGCCAGUCAACAUCAAGGAGGUCCCAGACUACAUGGAGUUCAUAAGCCAUCCAAUGGAUUUUUCCACAAUGCGGACCAAGCUCGAAAAUCAUAUCUACCGUUCUGUGGCUGACCUAGAGGUUGACUUCAACCUCAUGGUGUCCAACUGCCUCCUGUACAACAACAAGGACACCAUCUUCUACCGUGCUGCACUUCGUCUUCGGGACCUAGGUGGAGCCGUGUUGCGCCACGCUCAACGACUAGCCACUAACGUGGGCCUGGAGGUGGAGACUGGCAUGCACCUACCAGAGUCAUCACAGAAGCGAGAAUUUUACAGUUGCACUUGGGAAGACGUGGACAGUGUGUUGAACCCAGAAAACCGGCUCCAUAUGAGUAUGGAGGAGCAACUAAAGGAAUUGCUUGAUAAGCUGGACUUCGUCAGUUCCAUGAGAUGCAGCGGGGCUCGCACGCGACGCAUGCGCCUGCUCCGCCGUGAGAUCAACAACAUUCGGUUCCGGCAGGGGCCACACCGCCACAGCCUUCACAACAGCCGUUUAAAAGAAGACAGUGAUGAAGAUGUGGAGGAAGAAGAGAUGGAUGACAAGGCCGACGACACCAAGACAGAAAACGGCUUUUCGACAUCAGACAAAGAAGACCUGAAGUCCACCUCGCCCCCAACACUGGAACCCACCGGGCCGGCACCUCCUCCACGACUAGGAGACGCACCUUUGGAGCCACCUACACUGAGGCCCAUCACAAAGGAGCCGCCGUUCUCCAGCUGGCCCCGCAAACGGCGAAAGCUCAUCGACGACAGCGAAACAGAGCGUAUCAGUUGCACUAUAGCCCAGGAGAUGUCGCCAGCAGAAAAUUUCCACAGCGAUGGGCAUGUGACGGCCAACGGCCUGCCUGACUUCAACACCCCCACGCGGACACUCACUGGGGGUGUUGGCAGGCGGACUUCUGUGUUGUUCAAAAAGGCCAAAAACAGUGCCAAAAUAUUCAGAGACAAUCCUUUACCCAAUGGGAAGGAGUUGCUGGACGAUGGUGCAAGUGCCUCCUUUUCCGUAUCCAACAGCCCCUCUACUUUGUCCACCCCUACCAAAACCUCUCAGAAAGCCAUUGGACCUCCCUAUCUGAAUGACCCAUGGACCUCCAGUCAAGACAUGAGCUCAGACGGAGAACUGGAAAAAAUGAUGAACGAAAGCCGGAAAAGUGGGCUGACCAAUGGCUUCGAUAAGCACAAAGACGACGGGUCCGACUCAGAAUACAGCUCCUGUCCCAUUCUUCUUAAAGAAAUGUCUUCACCGCCCAAACGGAGCCUUGGCAAACCUGCUCUCUCCAAAGUUCCCUUUUUGGAUAUAGUUAAUGGAGAUGCUGACUACACUGGCAAUGGCAGCCAAACAUCUGAGGAUGAGACCGAGCUGGAGUCACUGGACCUAGUUUGGGCCAAGUGUCGAGGAUAUCCUUCCUAUCCCGCCCUGAUCAUCGACCCUGAGAUGCCACGAGAGGGUCUGCUGCUUAACGGAGUGCCCAUCCCUGUCCCCCCCAAGGAUGUCCUCAGACUGGGGGAGCAGAGGCAGGAGGAGAGCAACCAGAGGCUCUAUCUGGUGCUCUUCUUCGACAACAAGCGGACGUGGCAAUGGCUCACACGUGACAAGGUGACCCCCUUAGGAGUGGACAGCACCGCUGACAAGCUGCGCAUCAUGGAGGGUCGCAAGCCCAGCCUCCGCAAGUCGGUGCAGGUGGCGUACGACCGCGCCAUGAUCCACCAAAGCAGAGUGAGCCACAAUCGAGGCUUCGUCACCUCCAACUUCCUGUAG